CAAUAAACGCGGAAGUUGUUAUGAAUGGUUUCACUGCAAUGUAUUUUUAAUUUUUGUGUUCAUUCUAACGUACGGUUAAGUCUCUUGGUGUCAUUACGGAAUACACUAUAGUGUUUGACAGUUGCCAUUGAAUGUAACAAUAGCGGAAUGUAAUGUAAAAAUAUGCGUUAUUUAGGCGUUAAAUCAAUUGCUAGCUAAGAGGCAUCUGCCUAAAUUACUAUUGAAGCAUCCCAUCGUCAAGCAAAAAGGAGAGAAAAUGAAAGUCCGUUCGUCGGCUUUUGCCUCAUUUAUUUUAAUAUUCGAAGUUUUGGGGGUUGCCCUCUUCCUGCGGGGUUUUUUCCCUUUGCCUGUCAAGUCGUCACUGUCAUCCAAGAACAGGCUGGAAGACUUGCCAGCGGAGCCCCUGUCAGGGGGCUCGCCAAAUUCGUCUCACAUGCCGCAACCCUUGUUCAAAAGGGUGGUUAUCAUGUUAAUCGAUGGCCUGCGGGAGGAUUUUGUGUUCGGGACGGACGGUCGCAUGAACAUGCCCUACACGAGACACCUGGUGGAGAGAGGCUCAACACUCAGCUUUGUGGCAAAAGCUAGAAUUCCAACUGUCACCAUGCCCAGGAUCAAAGCAAUUACCACUGGCAGCAUUCCAGGCUUUAUUGAUGUCGUGAUUAAUCUGAAUUCCCCAGCCUUAAUGGAAGACAGUCUUCUUUGGCAAGCCAAAACAGCUGGGAAGAAAAUGAUCUUUUAUGGGGAUGACACAUGGGUGCGCCUUUUCCCCAAACACUUCAUGGAGUAUGAUGGCACAACUUCCUUUUUUGUGUCUGACUACACUGAGGUUGACAACAAUGUCACCCGUCACUUGGAUAGCACGCUUAAGAGGGAUGACUGGGACAUUCUGAUCUUACACUACCUUGGCCUUGACCACAUUGGUCAUAUAAGUGGACCUCACAGUUCCUUGAUUCAGCCCAAACUCUUGGAAAUGGAUGACAUUCUGAAGAAGAUCCACAGUGGUCUUAUUUCAAAGGACGCUGAAGGAUCUUUGCCCUUUCUGCUGAUUCUGUGUGGGGACCAUGGGAUGUCAGAAACCGGUAGCCAUGGAGGUUCCUCAGAACCAGAAGUCAAUACGCCCUUGGUGCUCAUAAGCCCUGCCUUCAAAAGGAAAGUCGGAAUGGAAAAGCCUGCUGACGUUGAGCAGGUUGACCUGACUCCAACCUUGGCCCUGACUCUGGGCCUGCCCAUAUCUCAAAACAACGUGGGCCGCGUCAUUCCGGGUGUCUUAGAAGAAACAUCACUGCGAGAUCAGCUGCGCUUUCUACAUCUCAAUGCACACCAGCUGAACUGCCUUCUCAAAGACAGUGUUCCAGAUUAUGGGAAAGAGGCAGGAUUUGAGCAAUACCGUGUGGCAGAGAAGGCCCAUGGGAACUGGAUGAAGCGUUACCUGGAGGGCAACACAUCAGAGGUCUUGACCAACAUGGGAAAGAAGGUCCUGAAGCAGUACUUGGAGGCCUUGUCAGCCAUGAGCUCAGCCCUCAGCAAACAGAUGGGAAAGUACGACCUGUACUCCAUGAUUGCUGGAAUGGUCUUUGUCUUUCAGCUGCUGUUGGUCUUAUUGUUGGCUAUGCCUGAAGCCCUGAGUGGCUCAGCAGCUGUGGACCUCCCAGUCGUCUCUGCAUUGCUCUCUUUGCCUUUCUACCUCUUGUGCCUGCUGCUUGCAUCUGUGCAUGUUCUGGUGUGCACAUCUGCUGAGAGUUCCUGCUAUUUCUGCAGCCUCUCCUGGGGUCUAGUGUUUGCUGCUAUCGCCUUCUCUUCAGCCAUGUCUUGUUUGCUUCUGGCUAUGAUGACAAGACGACUCUCCUUUGGACAACAUUUACAUGGGAAGUCACCUUUGAAGAACAGUAGCAGUGAUUGGUCACUGUCAGAGUUGGACGUUUUGCUUCUAGCAGGCACAGCCGGCCACACCCUCAGUUUGGCGGCUACAAGCUUUGUAGAGGAGGAGCAUCAAACCUGGUACUUCUUGCUUAGCACUCUCUGCCUCGCAGUCUUCCAGGAUGUUUGUCGCAAAUAUUUCAGAGAGAAAAGCUUCCCAAGCGGUGAGGAAGAGGAGGUUGUUCUAAUGUACAAAGACUCACCUAAGGAAGAGAUUUACUCUGAGAAGUGGCUAGCAUUAGCCACACCACCCUUUGUUCUGCUCUGUUGUCGACUGCUGCGCUCCCUAAACCAGACAGGGGUGCAGUGGGUUCAUCUUCGUGAUCUGGGCCAUUGGCUUAACAGCUCUGACCACAAAGUGGUCCUGUCCCUACUGUCAGCUUUCUGUUUGGUUCUCAUCUAUUUCCUGAUUCAAAGACGGUGCUCAUUAGUGUCCAAGGUUGCUCUCGCCCUUGGACUUUUGGGUGUUUACAUCUACCGGGCAGCUGUCGGCAAUGUCUUGUUUCCCUGGCACCACUCUGGUCGGAAUAUUUCCAAGGGCACCAAUGAAGCACGCUUUGUAUACGUUUUCAUUUUGGGUAUUCUCUUCACGGGCACAAAGGACCUGUUGAGAUCCCAAAUCAUUACAGCUGAUGCCAAAUUGAAGAACAGGGGGCUAUGGGAGAUUUUCAGUGGCUUGGUCUUGUUGGUUUCACUGUUGUUUCGUCCCCACAACCUGCCAGUGUUGUGUUGCAGUCUGCUUAUCCAAACUCUUAUGACCAAGUUCAUCUGGAAGAAGCUCCACUAUGAUGCUGCCCAGACCACCAUCAUGCACUACUGGUUUGGUCAGGCCUUCUUUUACUUUCAGGGUAAUUCCAACAACAUUUCCACAAUUGACAUCUCAGUUGGGUUUGUUGGUUUAGACAACUACGUAGAAGCUCCUGCCAUCUUCUUAACAGCUCUCAGUACAUAUGCCGGACCACUGCUUUGGGCUUGCCACCUUGUCUGUUACCUCAGCUCGGAGAGAAACAGGAGUCCUGUAGCAGUUGGCCAUGGCUGUUACUGUUUGGCUCUUCUCAGGUCGGUGCCGACUGCAGCGUACAUUGUUCUGGUGACCGUCCUGCGCUACCAUCUUUUUAUAUGGAGCGUAUUCUCUCCUAAAUUACUGUAUGAGGCCAUGCAUCUACUGCUCACGACUGCCGUCUGUCUCAUCUUCUACACCGUGGAGCAAAGCCACAUCCCCGCCACUCCUUAGAGCAGUUUUUCGGCAAGUAAGAAAACUUGCACUGGCUUUCUGAAGAGAUUAAAAUGAAUUAUGUGAGAUUGUUUUUGUGUAAGACUUCGACAUCUCAGGGAUAUCCAAGAAGAUUGAAUUACUAACUGGACAAUGUGUGGCUCCAGCAGGACCAAAUGAGUCACGGAAGUUGGCCAAGAGCUCACCAAAUUAAUUCCAGCUAUAUCUUUGAGAUGAAUGUGAAGAGUACCAAUUUGUUGUACACAAUGUUGGGCACGUUACUUUAAAAAAGUAAUUAGUUACAUUACUCACUACUUCUUCCAAAAAGUAACUGAGUUAGUAACUGAAUUACUCUAUAGUAAAAGUAACUAGUUACCAGGGAAAGUAACUAUUUCUGUUACUUUAAAAACAACUUGUUGUAUGUCAAAGAAUUUGAAAUUUUCUGAGCAGUAUUCGAGUCAGUGGAAUAGAGAAGAACAGACAGGUAGUUAACUUGUUAGGUGCUUCAGCAGAUUUGAAUUGCUCACCACAGAUGUCGACAAAAGCUUUGCCCCGGGACAUAAAUUACAUAUUACAUGGAGGUUCCACCUCUUAAAGGACAAUUUUUCUUCUGAAUGCUCUGCCAUCCCGACCCUGUGCAUCUGUUUUGCGUGUGUUUGUUUGCCGCACGCGCUGUUCCAGUUUGCUUGUGAAAUCACCGGCUCUGAUUGGCUUACUACGACACAUGACUCUAACCCUCAGCCAAUCACAAUCACUUCCUUCGCAUCUCUCGAGGGGCUGCAUUCAGGUAGCCACAAUUCACGUCACCUUCAAAGCGUCUGCCGUCCUCAAGAUGGAAGCAGAAUUAUUGCUGGCUGACAGUGGGAGAUGGGAACGAGGCUAGCAUCAGGUGUAGCAAACACAGAAACGUUACCAAACUUUGGAAAGCAUUGUCUAAUUCAGUGGUCUCAAACCGGUCCUCAAAGGGCCGCAGGGGGUACUGGAUUUCAUUCCAACCAAACGAGACAAAUACCUUUUCACCAAUCUGGUUUCUUACAAGUGUAAUCAGUUGAUUGCAAUCAGGUGCUGCUUAUGUUAGUAGAAACCUCAUUGGUUGAACUGUUUGUGCUGGAUCUGUUGGAACAAAAACCAGGACCCACUGCGGCCCUUUGUGGAGUCGGUUUGAGACCGCUGAAUGAGCAGGGACAAACAGCUUGGAGUCAGAAGUACGUGCGCAAUUCUCGAACCUGAACGCACCCCAAGUCUUGGAGGAUAAAUCAACAGAGCAGAGAGUCGACUCGACACGGCUGGUAGUUUAUUCAGAGUAAGUAACGCACCGCUUUUGACCGUCAGUAACGGUAACGGUGUUGUAACGGCGGAAAAAGUAAUUAGUUAGAUUACCCCGUUACUGAAAAAAAAUAUCGCCGUUACGUAACGGCGUUAUUUAUAACGGCGUUACACCCAACACUGGUUGUACAUGAUGGCUCAUUUUACCCCCCACCCUUUAUUGUUAAUAUUUGUAAAGAUCCAUAAUGUUCUAAUCAACUAUACAUGUAAUACAGUAUAUAUCAUUGCAGAAAUCAAGUCUAUGAAUCAUAUUGAACAUACUUUGUGAAAAAUGAAUUUUUUUUAAUUCCUCAAGAUAACGCCUGUCAUUGUUUGUUUUUUGAUCUACUGUAUGUUUUAUUUACAGUAGUUCGCUCACUUCUGUGUCUGGUUUCCCUGUUUUACUAUUUUUUUGUCUUCCACCUGUUCUCACCAGCCCUUUCCUUGUGUUAACCAAUGUUUCCAGCAGCAACUUGUCUUGUCCAGAUGAUAUUUGUUGUCACAUCAUUUUGUUUGCACUUCGUUCCCUGCUCUCUGCCUUUCCUCUCAACAUAUUGAUCUACUUUCCUGCCUUGUGACUUGUGUCCAGAAAAUCUGCAGUUUAAUCAGUAAAAUCUUAUAGGCAGACUGUGGUCAUAAUACUGUGUAAGUUUUGUUUUGUUUUGUUUGUUCCUCCUCCUCUAUAUAAAGUUUGUCUGAUGUCAAAUGACUAAAUUUUCUCUUUGUAUUCCAUUCUUAUUUUUGCAUGAUUUAAAAUUGUCUUGGUUUUGUCAACGUUCCCAUGUGUUUUUCAUUUUACUCAUUGUUUAAGCAAAACAUCGAUAGACGGUAGCAACAACAUAAUUGUGGCUGCCAUCCAAAGUAAUACGAGUUCGGAGCUAAAGUUGGUUGACCGCCAUUUAUGUAAGAAUAUCACCAGGGGUUUCUUGUAUUAAAAGUCUGGAUUUUGACCAAGAAAAAAAUAAAAGUUUUAUGUUAUAGCCUAUGUGUGACCUCUCAAAUGAGUCCGUCACAUACUAGUCCUUCGGAAAAAAAAUUAGCAUAUUGUGAUAAAGUUCAUUAUUUUCGGUAUUGUACUGAUAAACAUUAGACUUUCAGAUAUUUUAGAUGAAUUACAACUGAAGUAGUUCAAGCCUUUUAUUGUUUUAAUAUUGAUAGUUUUGGCAAACAAGUCAAAAUCAAAAAUCCCUAUCUCAACAAAAUUAGCAUAUCAUGACAAGGUAGUCUAAAGAAGGUACUAACCUAAUCAUCUGAAUCAACGAAUUAACUCAAAACACCGGCGAAAGAUUCCUGAGGCUUUUAAAAACUCCCAGCCUGGUUCUUUACUCAAAACUGCAAUCAUGGGCAAGACUGCCGACCUGACUGCUGUCCAGAAGGCAGUCAUUGACACCCUCAAGCAAGAGGCUAAGACACAGAAAUAAAUUUCUGAGCGAAUAGACUGUUCCAAGAGUGCUGUAUCAAGGCACAUCUGUGGGAAGGAAAAA